AUGGAGCUGCGCCAGCAGAAGUCUCCAGAGCACCAAAAUACAUAUCUUGCAAGUAGUAAAUGUGGCCAGUAUGUUGACAUUGGAAUUCUAGCAUCUGAUUUGCAGAAAACAUACAGUGCAGAGUAUGGACGAAGAAAAAGAAAUGCUUUUAGAAUACAAGUUGGAAAAGUAUUUGGAAUAAUCAGUAAUGAAAAAGAACGCGAAGAUUUAGCAGUUCUAGAAGCUGAACAUGUGGCAAAAAGAGCAAGACAACAGGAGAAAAAUGAGACUGCAGAAAGUGCCACAGAUGUCUCUGAUUAUGAUGAUUAUCCAGAAGAUCUAUCUGCAAAUCACAUGAACAGUUCCCUGCUGAGCUUAUACAAGAAAGGAAAUCCCGAUUCUGUUCCAACCACUCCAAAACAUGAACCAAUGGAAACGCCUCAUCCUAUGCAAACACCCCCACCUCAAACAAGCACUGUCUCACCAGGAACAAGAGUCGAAACAUGCGUCUCUGAAGGUGGCUGGUUCACUGAUAAAACUCCGUGUGGAAGAGACUUCUUCACUGACUUUUCUGAGGGUGGAGAAGGAGAUGAAAAGAAACUGAUUUCUGAGAAAUCAACAGAAUUUUCUGUCUUGGAGAGUGAAAGAAAGAAGACAAAGGGUAAGAAAGCAAAAAGAAAAAAAGAAGAAUUUCCAGAUGUAGAUGGAGAAAUUGAUGCCGUCUUACUUAAAGGGAAAGUUAGAAAUAAGGGACCAGAGCUUUACCACCCUUCAUUGAAGUUUGAGGAUGUAGGAGGCAAUGAUGAAACUUUAAAGGAAAUAUGCAAGAUGCUCAUUCAUGUCCGUCAUCCCGAAGUCUAUAACCACUUAGGUGUGGUUCCACCUCGUGGCUUUCUUUUACACGGACCACCAGGAUGUGGAAAGACACUACUUGCACAGGCAAUCGCUGGGGAGCUUGAGCUCCCAAUGCUGAAAGUGGCAGCAACGGAGAUGGUGUCUGGAGUGUCAGGGGAAUCUGAGCAGAAACUGAGAGAAUUGUUUGAGCAGGCUGUGUCUAGUGCACCGUGUGUCCUUUUCAUUGACGAGAUUGAUGCGAUCACCCCAAAAAGAGAAGUUGCAUCGAAGGACAUGGAGCGGAGAAUUGUUGCUCAGUUCCUAACUUGUAUGGAUGACUUGAAUAACAUGGCUGCCACCACCCAGGUCCUUGUUAUUGGAGCAACUAACAGACCUGACUCGCUGGACCCUGCACUGAGGCGAGCUGGGAGAUUUGAUCGAGAAAUUUGUUUAGGGAUCCCAGAUGAAGCGGCAAGAGAAAAAAUCCUCCGGACUUUGUGUCGAAAACUUAAGCUCCCAGAGUCCUUUGAUUUUCGUCAUUUAGCACAUCUGACUCCAGGUUAUGUAGGUGCUGAUCUGAUGGCACUUUGUCGUGAGGCGGCUAUAUGCACAGUGAACAGGGUCCUGAUAAAAUCUGACAAGCAGAAAAGGAAGCACAUAAACACUGGAGGAAAUGCAGCUGAAAGCAUGGGAAUAGGAACAGACAUCCUGGUGGAAGAGGAAACCAAACAACUAGAACUUCCUCCUAAGGAUGAAUUGCAGAGACUUUUAGAUUUGCUGAAGAAGCAAGACCCCUUGCCUGAGGAGCUGCUGCACAAGUUGUGCAUCGAGAUGAAUGAUUUUGUUGUUGCACUGGCGUCAGUGCAACCCUCUGCCAAGAGAGAAGGCUUUGUCACAAUUCCUGAUGUGACAUGGGCAGAUAUCGGAGCCCUGGAGGAUGUUCGGGAGGAGCUGACUAUGGCAAUAUUGGCACCUGUGCGAAACCCAGAGCAGUUUAAAGCUCUGGGCCUGACUACUCCAGCUGGUGUCCUGCUUGCGGGGCCUCCUGGAUGUGGCAAAACACUGUUGGCUAAGGCCGUGGCAAAUGAGUCUGGACUGAACUUCAUAUCUGUGAAAGGUCCUGAACUGCUUAAUAUGUAUGUUGGUGAAAGUGAACGUGCUGUACGUCAGGUAUUCCAGCGUGCCAGGAAUUCAGCCCCUUGUGUUAUAUUUUUUGAUGAAGUUGAUGCUUUGUGUCCUCGGAGGUCUGACCGUGAAUCAGGAGCCAGUGUCCGAGUUGUUAACCAGUUACUCACAGAGAUGGAUGGUCUGGAGAAUCGUCAGCAAGUUUUCAUUAUGGCUGCCACAAACAGGCCAGAUAUAAUUGACCCAGCUAUCCUGCGUCCUGGUAGACUGGAUAAGACACUCUAUGUGGGUUUGCCACCACCUGAAGAUCGACUUGCCAUUUUAAAGACCAUCACCAAAGAUGGCACCCGGCCUCCACUAGAUAGUGAUGUAAGCCUUGAAGAAAUUGCUUACAGUCAACAUUGUGAUUGUUACACAGGGGCAGACCUUUCCGCUCUCGUGCGUGAGGCUUCAAUUUGCGCCUUAAGACAGGAAAUGGCCCUGCAGAAUACUAAAAGCAGGAAAGGAGAAAUCAAGAUUUCCCAAAAACACUUCGAAGAAGCUUUUAGGAAAGUGCAAUCUUCAGUAUCAAAAAAGGAUCAAAUAAUGUAUGAAGAACUGCAUCAGUCACUGUGCAGGUGACACAUUUGGACAGUUCCCAGAAGAGACUUAUUCUGCAUUGGUGGAAAGUUUUGUAAUCCCUGUGGCCUGAUUUCAAGAGACAGCCUGGAAAGAAGCUGUACUAAAUAUCUCAACUUUUUAAACUGUACCUGAAAAAAGGUCAUAACAACCUGCUGCUCUAAACAAUCCUUACUUUAACUAUUUCCAGAAUAAAAGAUACAACACACACUACCUGCUUAUCACCA